AUAAAUGUAUUUUAAUUUGACAUGAUAUGUAUUUAUGAUUAAUGUCUUAUUGAUCAAACAAAAUGUCUUUCAUUUGAACAUAAUUUCUAUUUUAUUCGGGACAAUCAAGCAGGUAAGAAACUUUUUAAUAAUAAUAGAUAUCAUUUGAAAAUGGAUAAUAGCAUACCACAAUAUUCUCAAAGAUUACAGACAAAAAAAAGGUAUCUUGGUAGAAAACCAAUUUUAGUGGUAACAAGACAAAAAACACUUCAAGAUCUCGCUAUAACUUAUGAAGGUAAAGAUGUAACUCCCAAACCUUUGAGUCCAGAAAUUUAUGCAGGAGGCAGAGAGAGACAAAUCAGCGUAUUUGAUAUUGGAGAUCGAGAUCGCUACUCAGAUUAUAAAGCAUCAGAGAGCAUGUCCAUACAAAUGUACAAGUCUCAAUCUACUGUAAGAUUCAAACAUGACAUUGAACGACAAUAUCAGCAUAGUUCUGUACAAUUUAGAGGAAGUAUUCCUUACGAAACCAGCAACUAUUACUUUGACAUUUUUAUGGCGCAGGAUAGCCAGAUCGAAGUUGCACCAACAGAAUCAGUAGUUAGUGACGAUCAUAAACUAAGUAUAACAAUGAAACAAAUUCCCACAACAAUAAGUUUGAUUUUAAAAGAGACAUCCACUUUUUUCUUAUUAGAUAUGCCAAGCUGCACAGCCAUUAAAGAUACAGAUGAAGGUAAUAUGGUGGAAGAAGACAAUGAAUUAUAUGAUUAUUUAACGGUUGGAAAAGGAAAAAACAGAAAAGUACUGAAUGCGGAAACUCAGACUGUUCCUCUAGUAAUGAAAACUAGAAACACUUCUUGUUUAAGAACGAAAACACUAGUUGGUACUGCUUUUGCUUCUGCUUGGGACAUGUACGAUACUUUUCAAGACGUUCAAAGUGAAACUGAAGAGAGCGAUGAGUCUGAAGACAGCGACAUAGGCCAUCGUAAAAUUGACGAGGAAUCGUCUAUUGAUAGUUACAAACUAUCUGUUGAUGAGAAACAAAUGAGUAAAUUGAUAAAAAAUCCCAGAUUUCAAGAAGCUGUUUGUGUUACUGAAAGACUGUUGGCAAACAAUUGUUAUAAUGAACAACAGAAAAUAUUUAGGGGGUUGACUGUUCCUGAUCCAUUUAGGGAAAAUAUUGAAUUCAAUUAUAGAUUAGAUUUAUUAUGGACGUUCAGUAAUGCCGAUACUAUAGGUAAAUCGGUGAAUUCAUUCAACUGGAACCCUAGAAACAAAGAUCUGUUAGCCGUAGGAUACGGAAAAUUCUUUUUUCACGACAACAUAACCGGACUAGUUUUAAUAUGGAAUAUAAAAAAUCCAGUUCAGCCCGAAAGAAAAUACGUAUUCAAAGAGCCAAUAACCGCUUUGCAUUUUUCGAAUAGUAAUCCAGUUCUGCUGGCUGUAGGAUUUUAUAACGGUUCUGUUAAGGUUUUAAACAUCUCAAGUAGAGACAUAACAAUAAUAGGAGAAAACGUUCCUACUUUUGAACCGGUUUGGAGUAUUAUUUGGCAGUUUGGUAGAAAUGAGAAGAGAGAUGAAGAACUUGUUAUGGUUACGUUUGAUGAUGGAAGAAUCUGUGCAUAUUCUGUUCAAAGAAAAUUGGAGAUGUCCCAACUUAUGAGAGUGGGGAAAGCAGAUGGAAAACUUAAAGGUUACGAUGCAAUGAAGAAAUGUACUAGUCUAACAAUCCCUGUGUCCAGAUAUUCCGCGGCUCUAUUUGUUAGGCCACACCCGUUAGAUCCCAGCAUCUACUUCGUUGGAACUAACGAAGGAACUAUUCACAAAUGUUCUUUGAAUUAUCUGAGUCAACAUUUGGAUUUAUUUCUUGCCCACGAAGGUUCGGUACAUGAAAUGAAAUUUUCCCCUUUUUUUAAACAGAUUAGCGCCACUUGUGGUGACGAUUGGCAUACAAGGAUUUGGGCAGAAGGAAUGGCGGAACCGAUUUUAUCGUUUGCCGGCUUACAAAGCGUUCAAGGUCUUGAUUGGAGUCCUACACAUUCCACAAUAUUGGUAACAAUUCGUGCACAAUAUAUAGAAGUAUGGGAUCUCCAAAGAAAGGUAUACGAACCCCAAUCAAUAACGCGUUUGCCUUCGAAUGCGCGAUGUACUACAGUACAGUUUACUGAAACUGGAAGGUGUCUAGUUGUAGGUGAUGUAGAUGGAAAUGUACAUGUUUUCUGUUUAGAAGAUAUGCCAUUUGAACCGUUUUUUCAAGAAAAUUUACUUUUUGAAUCUUUAUCAAGAGCCUUGGUAACGGAACCUUAUUUAUUAGCCAAUAUCAAAAAAUUGCGAAGAAUGGCUCACGAUGAAAUUUAAGAAGUAAUUGGAAUUAUUGUUUACUAAUGAUCUUAACUCGAAACAAAAAAAUAUUUUGGAUAUAUAUUUACUUAUAUGUACUUAUUUUUAAUAAAAUUGUAUAAAAGUAGGUA